CACGCAGCCAUUUGAAAUGACAGAACGGUUCCCCGACUCGGGUUCAUCGACGUGAUAUUCAGCGAGGCGUCCUUCGGCUCCUUGCGGAGCGCGAAUUGCAGAUCUCUAACAACAAAAUUGAUCAAAUCACGUUCAAGGAAGGUGCGGGUAGACGUUUCAAAGGGGGAAAACUUGUCAGCGAUAUAGAAUAAAAAAGAAGUAAGUUUUAGGUGUAAAGGAACGGAAGAAGAAGAAAGGGUGUGCAAAGAAGAAGAAAGAAAAAAGAAUCAGUUAUCUGUUAUCAGGAUCCGAAGUCCAAUGAAGAUCCACUGGCAUGGCCACGCAACUCAGCCCCCGAAAUUCGGAGGUGAACGCUCUUGAGCAGCGGGGCUAUCUUAUUGGCAAAAAAAUCGGACAGGGCUCGUAUGCGACCGUACACCUGGCCGAAUAUGUGGACGGGACGAGCUCAAAGAAAUUGCGAUUAGCCUGUAAGAUAUUCGACAAAGAGAAAGCACCGCUUGAUUUCCUCAACAAGUUCUUUCCUCGUGAACUCGAAAUCCUUACAAAGAUCGAAAAUCCCCAUAUCAUUCAAGUGCACAGUAUAUUACAGCGUGGUCCAAGAGUGUUCAUAUUUAUGCGUUAUGCGGACAAUGGUGAUCUCCUGGACUUUGUAAAACGGAAUGGUGUUGUACCGGAACAACAAUCAAAACUCUGGUUCAGACAGAUGGCUUCCGGUCUGCACUAUCUUCAUGGAAAAAAUAUCGCCCAUCGUGAUCUUAAAUGCGAGAACAUUUUGUUAUCCAGGAAGUUCAAUGUGAAGCUUGCAGACUUUGGUUUCGCGAGAUUCUGCGUUGACCAUGAGGGAAGGCGCGUUCUUAGCGAGACCUAUUGUGGCUCCGCGGCAUAUGCAGCACCGGAAGUUGUUUCCGGUACCCCCUAUAACCCGAAACUGGCCGACGUCUGGUCGCUUGGGAUAAUCCUAUUUAUCAUGCUAAAUGCCUCCAUGCCUUUUGACGAUUCGAACUUGAAGAAGCUGUUGAAAGAUCAAAUGUCGAGGAACUGGAUGUUUCGAUCGCGAGUGCGGGAAACAGUUUCUGCGCUUGCAAAGAGCAUUGUUAAACAUAUCCUAGAACCAGAUAUUACUUUAAGGUUAACAUUGGAAAGGGUUCUAGGCCACGAGUGGGUACGCACUAAAAAGGAGAAGCCUGGAUCUCUUACCGGUCGAUUAGUACAUUCAGCACCGCCUAUUCACGCACAGACUUGUGGAGGUGGAGGAAAUUUAGUCGGGGCAGGAGCUGCAGGUAACGUACCCGUGGUAUUAAGAGGUCUACCUUCGUUCAAGAAUGCUGACAAUCAAAAUCAUGGUAAUGCCGUAAAGUCUACGGACAAUCCGGGUAAAGAUACACAAUUGUCCGCCAUUGAGUGAAGAAACAUGGGACCGACAAGGAUGAACCAGCGUCGUUCGUACGUCGAACGUCGACGAACACACGAAUGUUUAUAAUAUAUUUUUUUACUUUCCUGAUUAUUGUUGAUCUAUACAUGGUUUUUAAUAACGCAUUCUUUUAAUAAAAAAAUAUCACUAUCAAUUUUAAUCGUGGCUAAAAUUAUGUGAACAGCAAUUUACUAUAAAUCGGAAAUAAAUCUAAAAAAAUGAUAAUAAUUAAAUUUAUUGUACAACUAGUAUCUAUCAAUAUACAAAACUAUAAUUUUUACACGUUCGAAAACGUGAUAUAAUAUAAGAAGAUAAUAUGUAACGGUACAAGUAAAUAUUUUUAAUAUAUAUAGUUUACAUUAAAACAACAAA